AUGCCCAACGCCAGCCUGGACGCCCACCUCUACGGGGGCAGCAAUCCGCUGCCGUGGCCGACGAGGUACAGCAUCGCUUGGGGUGUCGUGGCGGCGCUGCUUUACCUCCACGAAGAGUCGGAUCAGUGCGUGGUCCACAGGGACGUCAGGUCGAGCAACGUGAUGCUAGAUGACAAUUUCAACGCCAAGUGAGGGGAUUUCGGUCUUGGGAGGCUCGUCGACCACGGCGGCGACAUGCAGACAACGGCCGUGGCUGGGACGAUGGGCUACCUGGCCCCAGAAUCUGCGACGACGGGUAGAGCGAGUAAGGAGUCUGACGUUUACAGCUAUGGAGUGCUGGCCUUGGAGAUCGCGUGCGGGAGGAGGCCCAUCGAUCAUGGAAACAAAGAGGGACGAGUCAGUCUGGUCGACUGGAUAUGGAAUCUCUACAGAAAGAGCGCCGUUGUGGAGGCGGCGGACGAGAGGCUGGGCUCGGACUUCGACCGACAGCAGAUGGAGCGUCUGAUGGUGGUCGGCCUGUGCUUCGCUCACCCGGACCACCGGCAACGGCCGUCGAUCCGGCAGGUGAUCGGCGUUCUCCUCUUCGAGAUGCCGUUGCCUAAUUCUCCGGUCGAGACGCCAGGGCCGUCCUACGGAGGGUUUCCGUUUCUUGGUUCAACCUUGCCAGCAUCAAUGGGUGGUCGUCGUCUACGUCGACGACCUCCGCCGGAUUCACCACCGGCGCCUCCGUCGAUUCAGCUGGGUCCGUCGGCUCCAAAUCACUUUUGUAUUCGCCUGGCAGGUGAAUCAGUCCAAUUCAACACUUUCGUUUUGUUCGUCUUUCACUCAGGAGUUGAGUGCUGCGACCGAGAAAGACAGAUGUAUCUUCUGUAUUCAGGUUCCUUGUCCAUCUCAGCUGACUGUGGGCUCUCGCUAGGCCCAUUACCAUGAUGUAUCCUGGCUUGCGACGUUUGUCCAUCCUCUUCCUGAAACUGGGGCGGCACGGCAACCUCCCACUUAAAUUGGAUCGUCUUUCCAGGCGACCAGAGUGAGAUAAGACGAUGGUGAAAGGGAGAAACGGACGAAAACGGCCAGGGCGGGAAUAGGAAACGAUACCGUUUAUCACGGAAAAGUAACCUCAAUGGCACAACAAGACCUAAGGAUGCAGGGUCUUCCUCUUUGCCACGCACAACCAUAAGACUCUCUCACUUGAUCUAGGGAAGAACAUACUGUUAAUGAUCUUAUAGUGGAGAGAACAUGCUCUUCCACUAUAAGACAACAUGCUGUUAAUCAUUUCAUAGUAGUUAGACUCUUCCACUUGAUCCAGUAAAGAACAUGUUGUUAAUCUGAUCUGUUAGUAAAGAUAAUAUUGCCCGAGAUAGAUCCUUGUCUUCUUCCCACGUUCUUUCUCUCUCUCGUUGCUCUGUUGUAGCUUGCAGAUGAUGUAAUCAAUAAUAAAAGUAACUCAAUGGCACAACAAGACCUAAAGAUAUAUGCUCUUCCUCUUUGCCACUCAUAAUAAUAAAACUCUCCUAUUAGAUCCAGCGAAGAACAUCUCUCAAUCUGAUCUUUUAG